AGCAGCAUCGUAAACAUGGCUGACAGUGGAGUGACAGAUGGACCUGGCAGUAAAGAUGAUGUUGAACGAGCAAAGAUUGAAGGCAGAGAGCUGACCAAAGAGGAGAAGCAACGGCUGAGGAAAGAAAAGAAACAGCAGAAGAAAAACAAAGAGAAAAAAGAUGACAAGGCUUCACAUGAAAGCGAGAAGAAGAAAAAAGAAGAAAAGCCUGUCAGUUCAGCUGCUCCAGCCUCCCAGCCUCCAACACAACCAGUACAGAAAGCUCCUUCUGCAGUGCCUGCUCCUGCACCGGUUCCUGUGCCUGCCUCGGAAACUCCUGCCUCGGCAGACAAGCCAGCUAAGAGUAAAGCCGAGUUGAAAGCUGAGAGGAGAGCUCGGCAAGAGGCUGAGAGGGCGUCCAAACAGGGCAAAAAGGGAGACGUGGGACAGCCGGCCGUCACGGGAAAACCUAAAGCGCCGCCUAGUGAGCUGCAGCCAGUGGUGAAGAGGCUCCCAGAACAUGUUCAAGUGGACAACCCGGACGUUUUGAAGAAACUGGCAAAGAAAUUGGAACGACAACAGAUCCCACUCCGGUUGGACUACGGCUACAAAGUCAGCCUGUUUUCUCAUCUCCACCAGUACAGUCGCAAAGCUCCUCUAACACAGCAACUCAGCAUUCCCUCCUCAGUGAUUCAUCCUGCUAUUGUUCGUCUGGGUCUCCAGUAUUCACAGGGCAUUGUGGCAGGAUCCAACGCUCGCUCUGUCGCUCUGCUGCACGCCUUCAAACAGGUAAUAAGGGACUAUACUACGCCUCCAAAUGAGGAGUUAUCUAGAGACUUGGUCAACAAGCUGAAACCUUACAUCAGUUUUUUGAAUCAAUGUCGCCCUCUGUCAGCCAGCAUGGGUAAUGCAAUCAAAUACAUCAAGAAGGAGAUUUCUAAUAUUCCCAGUCAGUGCAAAGAAGAAGAGGCAAAGAGCAAACUGCUGAACUGCAUCGAGUGCUACAUUAAUGAGAAGAUCGUCCUUGCUGCUAAAGCUAUUGCCAAGUACUCCAUAGAAAAGAUCAGUGACGGAGAUGUCAUCCUCGUUUAUGGAUGCUCAUCACUGGUCAACCAUAUCCUGUGCGAGGCCUUUGAGAAAAACAGGAAGUUCCGUGUGAUCGUGGUGGACAGCAGGCCGCGGCUGGAGGGCCGGGAGGCCCUGAGGCGCCUCGUUCAGAGAGGCAUCAGCUGCACCUACGUCCUUAUCUCAGCUGUCUCCUACAUCCUUCCAGAGGUAUCGAAGGUGUUCCUUGGUGCUCACGCUCUGCUGGCCAAUGGUUACGUCAUGUCUCGCGUGGGGACGUCACAGAUAGCUCUGGUGGCCAAGGCCUUUAACGUGCCUGUGUUGGUGUGUUGUGAGACCUACAAGUUUUGUGAGCGGGUGCAGACAGAUUCCUUUGUGUCCAAUGAACUGGAUGACCCGGAUGACCUCAUUGUGACACGUAAAGGGAAGACCCAGCUAGAGCACUGGCAACAAGUGCCCUCACUCGGCCUGCUCAACCUGGUGUAUGACGUGACACCGCCUGAUUUCGUGGACUUAGUCAUCACAGAUCUGGGAAUGAUCCCCUGCACCUCGGUGCCUGUGGUGCUGCGAGUCAAAAAUGUGGACCAGUGAACGACCUCCUGCUCACAUCACUGAGCUCGGAGGCCGUUUCUCUGUGUUUUUCACGGGGGAGUUUGUGAGCUCGAAUGCUUGCGCACACAACACAAAAUAUCGUGCUCUUAGCAUGCAAUAAAUAUAUAUCUGAAAUGGCAUACGCUUUUUAAA